AAAAAUAAUUUGUGGAUUUAGAAAGGAUUGCCGUAAGUACAGAUAAAACAUUGCAAAUUUAAAGAGAAUUUCUAAAACAAUUGUGUUUUUACCAUGGCUGAAAAUGAAGAAUUUCAACUGAAAUCAGAAAAACAAAUGACUACCGAUAUAUCAGAUGAAAAUGUUUCAGAAAUCUUAGAAAAAUGUGGUUCUUUUGGACCUUAUCAGCGCUGGUUCUACGCCAACAUUUUUAUAAUAUGUAUGUUGGCAGCAAUGCAGAGCCUGAACUUGACAUUUCUCAGCACAAACGUUCCUUUUUUAUGUUACCCUCCGAACUUUAAUGCUUCGUUAAUUCCCGUAAACCUUACAGAGAAUGAAUAUUUACAAAUGCUUCAACCAAACGGCGACGAUCAUUGCUCUGUAUAUAACAAUAGUUUUAUUGAGACAUAUACAACACCACCAAGUAAUUCAUCAAAACUAGAGUGUUCUUAUGGACGGAAAUUUCUGACGGAAAAGUUUUCUUCGGUUGUAAGCGAGUUUGAUUUGGUAUGUGAGAGAAAAUGGUUAAAAUCCACUUUGCAGUCAGUUUAUUUUGCUGGUUAUCUUGUUGGUUCAAUUGUAUUUGGGGCCUUAUCAGACAGCUGUGGAAUCUGCGCCUUCAAAACUACGUACCCUUAUUAGUUUUUGGUACGCGUCUCUAUAUUCGUCAGGAAUAAUAUUUGUAACAGUGUUUGCCUAUGUUAUAUCCGACUGGCAUUAUUUAGAAUUGAUAAUUUGCCUCCUGCCUAUAACCAAUUUUUUCAUUUGGAUGUUUCUCCAUGAAUCUCCACGAUGGCUGAUUGGCAGAAAAAGGUUUACAGAAGUAAAAGCACUUUUUCGAAAAAUAAUGAAGAAAAAUAAAAAAGAACACCUGGAGAUGUUAGAUAUUUUUACAAAUAACGAAGAG